UUUCUCCGUCGCCACGACGCCGGCGGUCGCGCAGAGCGCGGAAAAACUGUUGCGAGAACGAAGCGAGUAAUUGGACACCGGCUGGCCAUAUUAGAGCACGGAGAGACAGACGGAGACAGCGGAGAACCCGACGGACGGGGCGCAGAGAAACGCGGAGAAGGAGUGGAACAAGAGAGAAAUAGAUGGGAAAUGGGAGACGUAGAGAGAGAGAGAGAGAGCGAGUGAAAGGGGGAGCGAGAUAGAGAGGGAACGAGGAGGAGUAGGGAGAGACGAGAGACACAGAAGCGGGAAAGAAGAAAGGCCUGCUAUCGGGGGAAGAAACAGUGAAGAAGCGCGGGGUGGCUAGCUCGGCGUAUCGGAGGAGAGAGACGAGAAGAAAAAGAAUUAGCGCACCUUUUGCCCUGAAUGAGUCGCAAUUAAAAGGGGUUGGAAAUCGAGUUGAAUUGCGAACGUUUACUCUGCUUCUACGGUGGCUAGGGUAAGAACUGAGAUCUUUGCAUGCACUCCGGUGGAGCAGCUAUUGGCGACGUUAUGUCGUUGAUCAAAUUAUUAGAUCAGAUUUAAUUUAUCAAAACAAUUGUUCGAGAGAUAUUAUGAGAGGUAUCUGGAUCAGAGUGAGUUUUCUGGUUUAAGGUGGUGUCUAGAAUACUUUGAAAUUAAUUAUAGAUACAGUUACACGCAAUAUAGAAUAUACUGUGAUAAUUUCAAUGAGUGGAAUAAUGUCAAUGUUGUAAUCGUUCAAUCCAAUUCUUCACUUCUCUUUUUUUAUCCACAUGUCUCUAAUUGAAAAUUGCAUGGACGAAAAUGAAUCACGACUGUUUUAUCAUCGAACUGAAAAUUUUCGCUCAGUAUGAUCGCAAGGGUUGAAUUGGAAUUAGAAAUAAUUUUUGAAAGUAGAAUUUGUAGCUGAUAUUAUAUUGUUAAAAUAAAGGACACGUUUCUUUAGUACUAAGUACUAUUGAAUAAGAUACGUUAUAUCAUCAAGUACGAAUUUUAAUAAUUUUCUAUCGGACGUUACAACCUUAUCGAUUAACUGUAUGAUAUGUUUUAUUUGCCUAAUAAGAUCGUUCGUUCGUUUGCUAUGUAACGUUACGUUUUUGGUAAUGGGAUCAAUUCAAUUUACUAUGCAACUUCUUCCAUCCUAAAUGCAAUAUUUAUUCUACGUUUCGAUCCAACGUCAAGUCUCUUUGAAGAGUAAUCAAUUACAUACACCGUGUUCAUACUGUAAUGCACUAGAAAAUUAAAUAGAAGUUAGUAAUAAAUAUAUGAAAGGAAAAAGAAAGAGAAAAAUGGGUUUUAAAUUGGCAUAAUCGUGUAAUGAAUAGUUUCAUUCUCAAUCUGAUCGACGACUGCACAUAAUAUACUCAACUCGAUGAGUUUCACUUAUGCAAAUACGAAUGGAAUUAUUGAAAGAAAUGAAUAAAAUUAAAAGUAUCGAAUAUUUACAAAUUUUGUUCUAAAAAGGACACUUACAAUUCCCAAGAAUGGUACCACAAAGUUGUUCUGUAGUUAAUAUUCACACACGUUAACAAAUAUUUUGAAGCCUGAAAGGCUAGAAAAUGUUUAUUCAAGCCCCUAAUUGGUGAUUAACAUCAGUGACCGCUUGUUUCACGUCACACUACCUUGCUAGAGUACUACAUAUACUUAUUUUUGCAAAUCACCCCGUUCUGUAUAUAUAAUUUUCAGAUCAAAAUUGAGACUUUCUACAAAAGUAAACUUAACUUUUUCUUUCUCGAUCCCUUUUUGGAAUAACUGGUAUAUAAAUACAGAUACUUUUGCCUCCUUUUCCGUCGAAAAAUCGUGGGUGGUUCGUUGCUUGAGACAAACUGCGAGUCGAGAGAGAAACGUACGACGAUCGCGACGGAAAAAGUGUCGGUCGAGUGUCUGAAAUCCGCGGCAAAAAGUCUGGAAACGAUUCUUUCUCGGUGAUUUGAGGAGUCUCUCGAGGUCCUGGCCAACCUCAAAGUUUUUACUCCGAGGACGCCGGUACCAGCGUCUGCACGAGCGGACUUUUAACGAAAUACAACCGUAUAUAGCGCGGUGAAAUAAAAGGUGAUCGUCGCCGAGCCGCCUCCGGGAACUCGGGAUAGAUUCCGCGGAAACGAUAAACAGAGACGAGAGCGUUGCAACGGUUUAAAUCGCCUUCGCUUCUCGAGAUGCCCGAAAGUUCGAGGGCUUCCUGAACACCUCGGGUGCGAGGAGACCUAGACGUUCGCAGACGCAACGAAAAUCCCCGAGAUUCCUAAAGCUUUUCAGCGAGAUUCUCCCGCGGGAUUUGUCAAAGAGAUCUGGCGAACGGCGAGACGCAGUGGCGUAACCGAGAAUUAAGGAGGCGGACGAGGAAUUGCUGGAACACGAGGCGGAGGCAAUCAGGACCCUCGAGAUCCAAGCGAAGGUGGUGAGAUCCAUGGAGCGGUUGUACGCUGUGCCGUCGGAAAAGCUGCGCGUAUGGUCGAUUUGGCUCGCGAAGAUCGGAGAAAUCGCCGACCAAUGGCAGAGGUGGUUACGAGCUCGCAUCGAUCUCGUCGUAAGGAUCGCCGAACAUUUGGAAGUGGCCGAGGACGCCAUACGUCGGGACGAGGAGAAAGGAGAUAAGCCGAGCAAAGUUUCCAGCCGGUCGGAGCAGCCCGCGGCCGUGCUCGUCGAUUCUCCAGAAAAAACGCCUGACGAAGAGCAGGAACCAAGUCAAGAAACACUUCGCGAAGUAACAGAUAGUUCAAGCGUCUACGUCAGCGCAAUAGGAAUCGGGGACGAAAUGGAUGACGAUAAAAAUGCUCGAGAUAAACCAACCGAAUCCGAAGUCACAUUAACACAAGAAGAAAAAGAGACGUUGAUGACUUGGCCCAUUGGAAUGCCGUGGCAGCAUUUAGGGGAGAAGGUAGAAAUUGAAGAGGAGGAAAUCGAAAAGCUUCCUAUGCCAAGAAACGAGGAGGAGAUGCGAGCAUUCUUCAAGGAGUUCACGCACGAGGCGACCGUUUACAGGUCCUACUACAAGCAUUGGAGGGAAACGGCGGACCAGGCGACGAAGGUAAUGGGAGGUCGGUACGUGAUGGCCACGUUCAUCGUGCAAGGAAAGGGCAAGCGAGUGGAGAAAAAGGUGCCUGUUAAACGACGAUCGCGACCUAAGAAGACCACGAAGAGAAGAUCACCUGUGAAGAAGACUUCGAGAAAAGCUAAAAAGCCUAAAGGUCCUGCGACGGAUGGCGAAUCACCGAAUGACGCUGGAGAAUCUACGACGCAGCCUGUGGAGAAGGAGACACCUGCAGAGGAUUCUAUAGAAACGGAGAAUGACGAGGAGCUCGUCACACCGGCUCCAUCAGAAACACCCACGGUCAUCGAAGUUGCGCCCGAGCCUUUGGAGCCGAAUACGGAGGAGGGACCUUCGAACGGGACGAAGGAGUCAAUAGUUGCGAAACCGGACGACGAGUGGCAGGAAGUCACAGAUUUAGUUAAAGACUGCGCACGCGCCGCCGAACCCAUACCUUAUUUCUUCUACUUGAAGGCAGAACCUGACAUUGAGAUAGCUAUAGAGCACGACGACGAAGUGGUCAUCCCGGCCGAUACCGAUCGCGAAACCAUCGUUGGCAAUUAUAAACGUGUCUGGUUUAAUCUUGCUGAAAAACCCCUAAAGGGUGGAAAACCGUACAUAUAAGAAACAGUGAGAAGUAAAAUAAAAAUUGCUAGAUACCCGAUAAGCAGUUUCAUCAUGUAACAAAAACAAUAAAGCAAAUAACUAGUCUGAAGCAAACAUUAAUAUAAAUAUAUAAAUAUGUUAAAAGCUUCAAAAUUAUCUCGUUUUUGAGGCAAAAUAUAUCAACACGCUUCCAUAUUUAUGUUUCACUUUCAUCUGAAGUUUAUUUCGUAUAAAUUUUUUCUUCCGAUUGGAAUUAUUAUUCUCAACAACCAAUUUUAUCAUUAAAUUCACAAACGAACACGGCGCAUGAGUUUCAAGACGUUUCCUCGCAGUCAAGCAGCUACUUUCUGCGAGCUUUAAGCGAAUAAAAUUGCAUGGGAAUGUGGCCGUGAAUAGGAAGGAAGAUAAUUGGCGAAUAUUUUUGGUUCGACGUGCACGAAAUUACCCUCAACUAGCCGGAGACGUUCUAAGAAUAACAAACGCGGGGCGAAUUAAAAGAUAAUAAACCGAUGUCGCAAAUAUUUACCAGAUCCUUCCGUUAACAACGACGAUGGGUUUAUUGUCGUGAUAAGGAUAAUUAGUGUCAUCAUGAGUCGCUUUGCGUCAUUUUUUAUAUUGUUACAUAUCAGGAGGGUGUAAAAUUUUGAAGAAUUAAAUGACUGAAUAUUGAAAACAACAUACAAUGACCACUUGCAUAAAUUAUGACACUUGGACAACGAUAAACGUGUUGCCACGUAUUAAAAAGCAAAAAUAUUGAAAUAGUUAUAUGAUUGCAUAUCGAAACGUGUUUUGGGAAACCACAUACUUCAACUACAAAUAUUAUUAAUCAACAGAAGCAACCAAAUGUUCGCGUACCACAUACGUCUAAACACUAUGACUGAUCGCAAAGUGACAAGGGGUUAAGGAACAUGGAAAUGCUUAAGUAAGAGAAGCAGUUAAUCGAAAUCGAAGUAAGGUUUCUUGAUAUUGUUAGACAUGGGGUCACAGCUUUGACGUUUCGUAAUAAGCCGCUGAUCGCACUGGCAAAUACACCGACGGUUCUGUCGGAUGACUCCGACAGAAACCAUCGUCUUUGAUGUCGGAUGCAGAUAUUAGGCGGAACCUAAAUGCACGUGGCUGAGUUCGUUCCGAGCAGAGGGUUGAAUGGUGGAAGAUACCUGUCGUCUGAUGGGUAAAUAUAUUUAUGUACUUAUUUAUUAGGUCACGGGUUCUCGCAUUCGAACCUACUCACUCCAGUACAAAUUAGCGCGCGCGUGAAAAAAUACAGAGAAUGUUAUGUAUGCUAUUAAAAUAUUGUAUUCAUUCACUAAUUCAACAGUAUACAUUCUGCUUAAUUUACAUUACUGCGCAAAGUAUACUAGUCAGUCUUGUGCCACACAAAAAUAUUUUAAUAUUUGUAAUUUUUAAAUAUUU